GCACGCCGGAUGUAAGUAAGCGUUACUGUAAUAAAUACCUGGACUCCUGGAGGAUGUAGGGAAGCUGCAGUCUUGUAGGAUGAUUUUUGUGCCGAACGGCAUGCACUGCAUGCCAUCAUUGCCAUGCAUGUUACAGUAAUCUUAACGCAGAGCUCGCUACCCUCGCGAUAGGAUACUGUCGCGUCCGCAACACUGUACGCGCACUGCGCAGUACUCAGCAAUACGGCAUUGAAUACGUUUACGGUUUAGUGAAGUUUUCCUAACACUUUAGUUUUGUUUGUUGAUACUUUUUCAGCUUUGAGAUUGUACUGUUAGUAUUUUUUCCAGAGAAUUUUGAUAAUAUAAUUUAUUGCUGGAAAUAUUUUAAAGUUCAUGCGCUAGUGACAGCAGUCGCAGCAUGUAUAAGUUCAAAAUCCUUUUCGAAAGCGAUGGAACGAGCCGACGCUUCAAUUUGGACGAGCCUUGCGAUGGGGAUGAAGAAACCCUAUUUCACAAACUGCGAGCGAAGAUUCUGACAAUGAUUCCGCCCGAUCAGGAUAUUUUAUUGUACUGGCAAGAUGAGAUCAACAGCAGGAUUAUUUGCGAAAGCGAGGAAGAACUGCGGAUAGCUAUGGAAGAAUGCCCGUCUGCAGCCACUGGAAUUACACAGCUCACGGUUAUUCCCAGCGUAAUACGACUGUCCACACCAACUGCCCCACCUCAACCUGACGCUGUCUUGAAUAUUGUCAAAAUGCCUGCUGAGAGAGAGCGAAGGCGAUGUGUAUGCGACACUUGCGGCCGAGCAUUCAAGUCUCGCUCGCAUUUGGUGGAUCACAUGCGGACACAUACAGGGGAAAGGCCUUACCGGUGUGAAUUAUGCGGUAACACCUACCGACAUCGAACCAGUCUGAAGGGUCACAUGAACAGCCAUACUGGUCAGUUCGCUGCAGCAGAACUCAAGCACAGUUCCCUGGAGAAUUGCGUCGUUGAUAACAUUGAAAAAACAAUCCCGACGCAAUCUGCAGGUGCAAAGCCGCAUAAAUGUGCAUUUCCUGGCUGUACCUAUGAAAGCGCUUGGAGUUCGUAUAUGGCGGAGCAUAUGCGACAAAUGCAUGGAACCAGAUCUGCGGAGAGUGAAGAACGGGAAUUACGGCGAAAAUUGUCAGUGGCUGAAGGGAAGAAGGGAAAAAAGAAAGGUAGAAAACCAGUGACUCCCAAGGCUGAAGAUGCUGGACUACCCGUGUCCGAAGGCGGAGUCACGCAGGACGAGCCCGCAUCUCCUUCCAGGGCUCUUAGAAGCGGGAAAAAAAUCCAACCAGGCAGAAAGAAGCGACAGCGUAAGCAGGCUCCUCAGAAAGCUCAGGAAGAAGAAGAGCAAGAAGAUCAAGAAACCGCGGAAAUUAAUCCUGACCAAUUUGAAGACGCGAAACUUAUGGAGACUAAUGGGACGGUGUCUUGAGUUAGACUUCAGGCGUUACACUUAUCGAUACUACUGCAAAUGCAAGGUGCACUGGCAAACUGAAACCGCUUUCUCCAAAUCGUUAAGGAACUGCUGAUUCUUUACAUAUCCGUCCACUGUUACACAUAGCACCAUCAUCAGUUUUUUGAUGAUGAAUUGAUGAGUGAUGACCUAUCUCUUUUGGAAGUACUUGUUUGUUAGUAGUACUGUACCAUGACUACCAUCUAGCCCCUAGUUAAUAUUACUUACUAAAAUCAUACAGUACUUUGAAAUAUACUUAAUCAUGAUGGUAUGUAGUGUUUUAAAAAAGAUGGUUCUUUUACAAAUAUUGUUUGGCAGUAAAAUAAUUAUUUAAUGUGAGUUAUAUCCAUAUGAUAAAUGGAAUUUAUUGUCACCCAACUUAUUCACUA